AUGCUAUCGAUUUUAUGUGUUCGAUGUCAAUCAACCAAAAUUGUUUGGUUGCAGGGUGUGCUGCAGCAACUUGAUACUGGACAUGCAAAACCAGGAAGACAACAAUCCAGAUCUGGCAAGGUGGAGGCAAGCAGAGGAAGUGGGAAAGGGGGUGGAAAGACGAAUGGCAGUAAAGGUGGAAAAACAGGUGGCAACAAAGGACGACGGCAUCACCGUGGAUCCCCCCAAAUACAGCAGAAUGAAAUCAAGCCAGCAACAUGCGGACAUGAUUCAGGCAGCAAAUCAAGCUCCCAGGAGUGUCCAAGCACAUCAGGUGUUGGUGGGAAUCGCAAGGACGGAAGUGGCAUGCCUUCAAUCGCAGCACCAGAAAAGGCAGUCCCACAACAUCUCCUGGAGGCUGAGUCUUAUCCACUGUUGCCUCCCCAUGAUGUGGGUUGUGGGACAAAGGCUAGCAGCAGUGGUGGACAUUGCCCACACACAACAAGCACUCCCAGCAGACAGGAUUGUCCUGGUGCUGUUGCUGUGGGUGAAAUCCAGGAUCCAAUGCACCAUGCCAUCUGCAAUUCACCACAAGGCUGCAGCUUGGAGCAAGCAAAGCAACAUGCAACUGGCUCAUCCAGUGAUGCAGCUUUGACACGUGUGCAUGAAAAACGACAGCUGGAAAUUCCCGUUGCAAAGGGAAGAAAGCUGGUUAAGCUGGGUGAUUUUAGUUGCCAACGGGAGAUUCAUGGGGCCAAAAUGGCAAGCACCAGGUGUGACAAUGCCCAUGUUGUGCAGCAAAGUUGCAGUGUCUCCAAUGCAGGGGAUGGGUGCAGAGAAGAGAAGCCACAAUGUGUGACAUUGCACAGUGAAAGAAGAGGGUCCAUGAGUGGCUGCAGUGUCCCAGAUGUACAGCAAAACGAAGGGGCAGUUGCCUUGCAAAAUGUGGCAGAGGGGAGUUGUGUGGCAGCAUUUCUCCGACAGGCUGCCGAAAAAAAUAAAGUCAGUGAACUUAUUGAGGGCAUACUGCCUGGUUUGCCUCUCUCACUGCGUGUUCAAGGGCUUGAGACUGCUCAAGAGGGGGAGAGCAGCAAGGGGCUAGUUUUGCCCGAAUCACCCGUGACCCCCCCAGGAGAUGCCAGGAGCUGUCCUGAAGAGAAGCUGCCUUUCUACAUUGACCAUGACCUGCCCCGUCCCAAUGUCUCGGGCGGGUGCAAUUGCCCCUUCACACCUGGAGUGCACUUCUGUGCAGGCAUUCCUGUCAAGGAAGAGCCAACAGUCGAUGGUGUGGUGGGCAGGGUGGAGGAUUCUUCAGUGGGCGAUCAAGGCGUUGGUGACAUGUUAGUUAAAGUUGAGGAUGGCAAAGAGACUCCCCACACGCAGCUCAAACCUUUGAAGUCAAGCAUGGAUGGUUUGGUGAUCCCCCAAGCGCUGCCUGUCUCAAAGGAAGUGUCUAUGCCAGUGGCUGAAGAGGGCCAGUCCGCCAGGGAACAACAGUGCCAUCUACCUCCUCAUUUGCGUUCGCUUCCCCAGAACAGCUGCAGCAGCCUGCCAUCAAAUCUGGUGCCAAAUUCCUGGGGCUUUGGCGAAGGUGCACCUGCCAGUGAAGUGAAGUGGGGACCAGUUGAGCAUGGACAGCAAGACACACAGAAGCAAAAGCUGCAGGCACAAAAAGUUGAAGUACAGAGCAACGCAGGAAAGCUCAGUGACAUACCUCAGUCAUCAUUUUCAAAUGAAGGCAGUAGGUUGCAGGAGUUGCAGAAGAUGGGAUGGGGUUUGUCGGUGCCACAUCUGGUGCUUAGGAAAACAUAUCAGGGUGCCAGAAGCAGUGCUCACCCUGACAGCCUCCAGGACACAUGUUGUGGCUCACCUUCCAUCCAAUCUGUGCCCCAUCAGGAUUGCUCUGAAAUGCCGCUGGGUGAUGGUGCUCGCGUUGAGGUGUGCAUGGAUUCUGAAGAAAAAUACAAGCCUAAGCUGAGGGAAUCUACAGAAGCGCAGCAAGAAUCCAUGCAGGUGUUGGCACAGUUCCCUGGCAGCCAGGAAGGGGAGCUGGUGGGUGAUCAGAGGGAAGAAGCUCUGAAAUUUCCCUGUGACCGCAUUGACGGGCAGUCUGAGAAAGGAUCAGGGGGGCAAAAGGGGCAGCUUCAAGGCUCACUCACUGGGGCUGUCAAGAGCUGUCUUCAACCAAAGUCUAGAGAUCCUGAGGGCAAAGGAUGCUGGCCCCGAACAAGUUCGCUGGCAGGAAAACAGGUGCCAAAAUGGUGGGCGCAAAGACAAGCAAAGCCAUCCACAUCAAAUGGAGAUGAUAGCAGAUUGGGAGCCACACCAUGGGAAACAAUGCCAAACAAAAAGUUGGAGACAUGGAGUGCUCAAGGGAAUCGAGGUUGGAAGAACGAUGCGAUGGAUUCCUCUUCUGAUGAUGAGGGGUUUCGGUUUCCACAACCGCAGGGCAGCAGACGUCAGUCCCCAUCAAGGUCUCCUAAAGAACCCAGGAGUGAUUCUUUAAUGAUUAGAAGGGGUAAUCGUAUGAGGGACAGCAUUAGAACACGGCCACAGUCUCCAGAGGAGCAUAGGAAAGACGCUUUUGUCCCCCGGAGGGAAAAGCGGUCCAAGGACAGAAGGAGAUCUAGAUCAAGGUCUCCUAAGGAAUGCAGAAGUGGCACUACGACCUUCAGGAGUGGUGGUGGCUCCAAGGACGACAAGAAACAACGAAACUCGUCUGUGACCUGCAAACGAUGUGGUGACGAAAAUGUGGGAGCCCAACCACGUCCAAGUGGCAUGUCUCUCCAUAAGCGUAGGUCAAGAUAUAGAUAG